AUGGCGCACGUCCGAGGCCUGAGGCUACCUGGCUGCCUGGCCCUGGCUGCCCUGUUUAGUCUUGUGCACAGCCAGCAUGUGUUCCUGGCCCCUCAGCAAGCACUAGCACUGCUCCACCGGGUCCGCCGUGCCAACAGCGGCUUCCUGGAGGAGCUGCGCAAGGGCAAUCUUGAGCGAGAGUGCGUGGAGGAGCAGUGCAGCUACGAGGAGGCCUUUGAGGCCCUGGAGUCCUCCAGUGCCACGGAUGUAUUCUGGGCCAAAUACACAGCUUGUGAUUCCGUGAGGAAGCCUCGAGAGACUUUCAUGGAAUGUAUGGAAGGUCUCUGUGCCAAGGAUCUGGGUAUGAACUACCGAGGGACUGUGAACGUCACCCGAUCGGGCAUUGAGUGCCAACUAUGGAAGAGUCGCUACCCACACAAGCCUGACGUCAACUUUACCACCCAUCCUGGGGCUGACCUGCAGGAGAAUUUCUGCCGCAACCCAGAUGGCAGCACCAUGGGCCCCUGGUGCUACACCACAGACCCUACUGUGCGCAGGGAGGAAUGCAGCAUCCCCAUCUGUGGCCAGGAGGGGCGUGUCACUGUGCAGAUGACUCCUAGGGCUGGAGGCUCCAGGGUGAGUCCGUCACCCCAACCAGCACAGUGCGUGCCUGAGCGUGGCCGGCUGUACCAGGGGAGCAAAGCGGUGACAGCCCUUGGGUCCCCAUGCCUGGCCUGGGCCAAUACUAAAGCCAAGGCGCUGAGCAAGGACCAGGACUUCAACCCCGACUUGAAACUUGAGGAAAACUUCUGCCGCAACCCAGAUGGGGAUGAGGAGGGUGUCUGGUGCUACGUGGCAGGCGAGCCUGGCGACUUUGAGUACUGCGACCUCAAUUACUGUGAGGAGGCGAUGGAAGAAGAGGCAAGCGAGGAUGGGGACGAGGUCAUCGGAGGGCGCACCACGGUGGAGGAGUUCCAGACCUUUUUUGAUGAGAAGACUUUCGGCGCGGGGGAGGCAGACUGUGGCCUGAGGCCUCUGUUCGAGAAGAAGUCGGUGAAAGACAAAACGGAAACGGAGCUUCUGGAUUCCUACAUCGAGGGUCGCAUCGUGGAGGGCUGGGACGCGGAGAUUGGCCUCGCUCCCUGGCAGGUGAUGCUUUUCCGGAAGAGUCCUCAGGAGCUGCUAUGUGGGGCCAGCCUCAUCAGUGACCGCUGGGUCCUCACGGCUGCCCAUUGCCUCCUGUACCCGCCCUGGGACAAGAACUACACUGAGAAUGAUCUUUUGGUGCGCAUUGGCAAACACUCCCGCACCAGGUACGAGCGGAACAUUGAAAAGAUCUCCAUGCUGGAGAAGAUCUACAUCCACCCCAGGUACAACUGGCGGGAGAACCUGGACCGGGACAUUGCCCUACUCAAGCUCAAGAAGCCCAUUGCCUUCAGUGACCACAUUCACCCUGUGUGCCUGCCCGACAAGCAGACAGUGGCCAGCUUGCUCCAGGCUGGAUACAAAGGGCGGGUGACAGGCUGGGGCAACCUGAGGGAGACGUGGACAACCAGCAUCAAUGAGGUGCAGCCCAAUGUCCUGCAGGUGGUGAACCUGCCCAUCGUGGAACGACCAGUGUGCAAGGCCUCCACCCGGAUCCGUAUCACCGACAACAUGUUCUGUGCUGGUUUCAAGGUCGAUGAAGGGAUGCGAGGGGAUGCUUGUGAAGGUGACAGUGGGGGACCAUUUGUCAUGAAGAGUCCCUACAACAACCGCUGGUAUCAAAUGGGCAUUGUCUCAUGGGGUGAAGGCUGUGAUCGAAAUGGGAAAUAUGGCUUCUACACACACGUGUUCCGCCUGAAGAAGUGGAUACAGAAGGUCACUGAGCGGUUUGGAUAG